CACACACACUCACACACACUCACACACACACACACACACACACACUCACUCACACACACACACACACACACACACUCACACACACACACACACACACACACACACACACACACACACACACACACACACACACACACAGUCUUUUCCGGCGUGACUGCAGAAGAAGAUGCUUCUCGUGUUAGUUUUGCUGCAUUUAAUCUCGAUGAUUUUAUAUGGUGUGUUUGGUGCUGAUACAGAUAAAGUGAAGUCAGUGUCAGUGAUGGAGGGUGAUUCUGUCACUUUACACACUGAUCUUACUGAAAUACAAGAUGAUGAUCUGAUAGAGUGGAUGUUUGGAGCUCAGAAUCCAGAUACUGUUAUAGCAGAAAUCUACAGAGAAGCAAAUAUGACCUUUUUAAACAUGGAUCAGUUCAGAGGGAGACUGCAGAUGAAUCAUAAAACUGGAGAUCUCACCAUCGCAAACAUCAGAACCACAGACACUGGACUUUAUAAAGUAGAGUUCAUCAUAAAUACAAUGCCAGUCAAGAUAUUCAAUGUUACUGUUUAUGCUCUGCCUGUUCCCGUCAUCAUCAGAGACUCUUCUCAGUGUUCUUCAAGAUCUAAAUGUGUGUUGGUGUGUUCAGUGGUGAAUGUGACACAGAUGACUCUCUCCUGGUACAAAGGAAACAGUUUAUUCUCCUCCAUCAGUGUGUCUGAUCUCAACAGCAGUCUCUCUCUACCUCUGGAGGUGGAAUAUCAGGAGAACAACAUCUACAGCUGUGUGCUCAACAAUCACAUCAGAAACCAGACGAAACAUCUCAACAUUACUGAUGUCUGUCAGCCGUGUUCAGACUGUGUCAGCUAUUGUGAUUCUUCUGAAGCUGUGAUCCGAUUGGUCAUCUCUGCUCUGGUGGGCAUGGCUUCUAUGGCUGCUAUUGUUGUUCUGGUUUAUGACAUCAUCAGAUCCAGAAGAAUUGAACAGGAGAGAUCACAGACGUCACGUAUUCUCAUGUCUGGACACUAGAUGGCGACGUUAUUAAACAGCUGGACCCUCAAUAACAAUAUUGUGGCCCUGUUCCAAAUGGCACACUCAGCCCUUGUGGCCCUCCUCCGAGUCCACACUUUGCUGAUGUCAGCUAGUGCGGACCUAUGGGGCGUUGAAGGCGCGAGUCCACGAGGGCGAUGGGGCUAUAUUUGACAGCUUUUGGGAUGGACUUGACGUCGCGAAUUUCACAUUUUUUUAUCUUCGAACUAAAUAAUGAAAUAUUACUAAAAGCUAGAGCUAAGUUCAAUUACAUUGUAAAUCAUUGUUGAUUAUAUAAACAAAAACUUACAUUUAAAAAUCCUCUUCUCUGUCAUGUUGACCAACACCUUCAGACAAACUCCUCCUCAACGAGUCAACGAAUCUCCUCUUCUGCUUUCUGAUUGGCAGACUGCCGUGAGUCCGGAGCACUGCGGGCUUCGACGAAGACCGCAUCGAGGGCGCAAUCACAAAUGGGACACAAAUGUAAAUGUAAUCACAAAUGGGACACACUAUGGACUCGUAGACUUCACAAGCACACACAACUGAAGGCCACGAGACCGCAAGUCCACAUGAAGUGUGCCAUUUGGGACAGAGCCUAAGACUCCCUUAUUUAUAUCACAUAUGUUUUUAAAGGGAUAAGUCACCCACAAAAGAAGAUUUUGUCAUCAUUUACGCUUAUGUUUUUCCAAAACUUAUGACAUUUUUUCUUCUGUGGAACACAAAAGGAGGAAUUGUGAAUAUUUACUUGUCACUCUUUAACAUUCAGUUAAAUUAAAUGAGAACUGGAGCUUUUCAACUUGAAAAAGGAUGCCAAACCAUUAUUAAAAUAUUAUAAAAGUAGACCAUACAACUUGUUUGUUAUAUUCCAAGUCUUCUGAAUUAGAUUCUCUAAACAGUAAGCACUUAAUUGGUUGUCUGAAAAAGACACAGUCAAACAGCUCAACAAGAUGUUCCCCACGGGAACUCAAAGUCAAAGUUCAAGUUCAGAUAGUGGGAAAUAAAGAGCAAAAAAGCUGAGAAUGGUUACGAACAUGACCACAGAAUAAAUGUGCUUGUAGAAGUGUGUAAACACAGAGUGAGAUUCUGGCCUGAUACUUGAGCAACGAGUCCUUUUUACAGCUGCAGGAAAAACAUUGGGUUUAUUGGAAUUUUUAUUGACAAGACUUGCAAAAUAGGCCUUCCAGAAGUAUUUAGUUGAAGAAUCAUGAUCUUGUUGAUCUUAGUCCACAUAAAUGUGGUUUUGGUCUUGGACUCAGUCUCAGAAUACAGUCUUGGUCUGGAUCUGAUUCUUCAGGGGUACAGUUUUAGUCUGGGCUUGAAUUUAUGGAGGUCUGGUAGGUGGUCUAGUCUUGGUCUGGUAGGUGGUCUAGUCUUGGUCUAGGUUGGUCUUGAAUCUGGCCUAUAGAUAUAUUCUUUUUAUAAUACAGAUUACAUUUUUUUUUUUUUAAAUAAUGUGUUUAGAAACACAGAAAAUUCAUGAACCUUCCUCCAAUCGAAGCUCUCACUGACUCGUAAAUCAGCUUUAAAUGAAAUAUUAUCAGGUGUCUUUGAAUCAUUUCAGGACAUUCAGUCUCUUGUGUGUGACAGAUUUGUAGGAUGAAACUGCUGAAGAAAAUGUAUCACAUUUUUUUGUUCUGUUUGUGUUUGUGGCAUCUGACUGGUAAGUAAUAAAUUUAUUUUUAUGGCUUCUGUUAUUUCACUUUUUUGUUUUGUUUUUUUGUGUAAAGGAAUAACAUUCACUGUUAUUCUAAAAUGAAAAGUAUAAAAUUAUUAUAAGAGCUUUAUUUUUUUACUCUUUAUCUAAAUGUCCUGUGUAACAUUUCAAGCUAAAAAUCCAAACAGUACUUCAGUAAAGUUUUGAAAGUUUUGAUUUUCAUCCACUGUACAGCAUAUUACUCAGAAACAGCACAAAUAUGCAGAUAUUA